GUAUUUUACGUCAGGCAGUACCACUGCACUCCCUCUUUGGUUUUGUGCAGGCAUUAAUCCGGGCACCCGCUGGUCCUUCCUCCUCUUUUACGUCCCUGAGCGAGGCCGGCGUCAAAAUGAACGACACAGUAACAGUCAGGACCCGCAAGUUUAUGACGAACCGACUGCUUCAGAGGAAGCAGAUGGUUGUUGAUGUCCUCCAUCCUGGCAAGGCCACAGUCCCCAAGACUGAAAUCAGGGAGAAGCUUGCUAAGAUGUACAAAACCACCCCCGAUGUUGUAUUCGUCUUUGGCUUCAGGACUCAGUUUGGUGGUGGCAAGACGACAGGCUUUGCCAUGGUCUACGAUUCUUUAGACUACGCCAAGAAGAACGAGCCCAAACACAGACUUGCCAGGCAUGGUCUGUAUGAGAAAAAGAAGACCUCAAGGAAACAGCGCAAGGAACGCAAGAACAGAAUGAAGAAAGUACGAGGCAUCAAGAAGGCCAGUGUUGGAGCUGCUGGCAAAAAGAAAUGAAGUUUUCAGUUUUGCAGUGAGCCCGGACAGCCAGCGGGUGUCUUCAUGCUCAAGAUGUUCUUGUAUAUUGUCAUCAAAUAAAAACUUUUGGGGGAAAAAAUGA